CUGGGUUACCUUGCUGUAUGUUUUAUAUGUAAACAUCGUUUCACCGAAAACUUUACAAGAUUGUGUGGCUUAAAAGGAUGAAUUUAUAUUAUAACCGGGGAAAUGUCUGCUAAAAAGAAAUCAGGAAGAUCGGAGUGGAUCAACUGCCAAGUGUGUGACAUUCUGGUGAUCAGCAAAGACUGGACGAAACACAAGACACUGUGUUCAGGAAAUCGUGGGUCGGCGGAACGCCGGUGCCCCGGCCCGUCGACGCCGACCGUGUUUUCUCCAGACCGCACGGGGGCCGGUGACGGCACCGAUGGCGCUGGCGAAUGGCAGGCGGACGCGACGUUCAACCACGGGUUUAUUCGAUCUGGGGUGCUGUACGGUGAAGUGUGCCUGCAAGCUGAAAAGGGCAACGAGAAGCUUCCAUCAUCCAGCCGUCCCCUCAUGGUCCACCUCAACCCUGACACCAUGAGACUCUGCGACCUCUGCAUCGGCCGACCUGCCCUCCUGACCUUUCCCAGGUCAAGGGUCAGGCUGAUCGCCACGGCCUGGCCCGUGGCCAACUUCCCCGCUGCGAGUGUUGGGAUCGACAGCAGCCUGCAGGGGGUCCACGGGAUUGUGGGUAAUGACCUGGUGUGGGUCGAGGCUGUUAAAGGUCCAGUGCAUCUGGCUGCAGACAUGAAGUUGCUGUUUGUGAAUGAGGAAAGGUUUCUCCAGUCCCCAGAAUUCCAGAAAUAUUUCCUGCGAUCUGUCCAAGGAAGGUGCCUUCUUCCAGGGUCAGUCCUGAGCGUCAACUACUACGGCAAGCCCGUGGUGUGCCAAGUCCUUGAACUCACCCACAAGGACGGCACGGUCAUUCAAAUCGACCAAUCGCCGUACAGAACUCAGCCUCCAUUGAGCAGCCAAUUGGAAUUGAGGAUCGCGAACUCCAGGGGAUAUUUGGGUUUGGAUGCAUCUCAGAGUUCGGACAACAGUUUUCUCAAUAGACGUAACCUCAGUGCGGGUAACAGAUUGGGGACGUCUCUGAAUAUAAACUUAGAAAAUUCAACCGCAUCAAAUGACACUCACUCGUUGCUCUCAGAUGUCAUUGAUACAUCAGAUUCUCCAAACAUCUCGACUUCAACUCCCAAGAAAAUCCACUCCGACCCUCGCAUUCAACAACUGUCCGAGUCUCUCCAAGAUUUGGGAUUCGGAACGUCACCGAAAGACAGCUCGUCAAGAAAUUCUGGGAAUAACAGGACUAGCUCCCAGGAGUUGCAGCAGCUAAUCUUCAGUAGCAUUGGUGCGAGCACCAGCCUUGUUUUUGUGACCAAUCUCAAUGACUCCGAUGGAGUCUCAGACGAUGACAUUCCGAGGAGGGACAAAGUGACAUACGAUAAGAUCGGAGGUUUGUCUCGGCAGCUGAAGGCCAUUCGGGAAACGCUGGAGCUGCCUCUGAAGAACCCUGAGUUUUUCAAGUCUUUGGGUGUUGCCCCACCGCGGGGAGUUUUGAUGUACGGUCCCCCCGGGGUGGGGAAGACUAUGAUUGCUCGGGCUGUCGCCAAUGAAGUGGGCGCCCACGUGACCAUCAUUAAUGGGCCGGAAGUCAUGAGCAAAUACUAUGGUGAGUCCGAGGCCAGGCUGCGCGGCAUCUUCCAGGAGGCGGCGAAGAGCGCCCCCAGUCUGAUCUUCAUCGACGAGCUGGACGCGCUGUGCCCGCACCGCGAGAGGGUGCAGAGCGACCUGGAAAAGAGGAUCGUCGCAACCCUGCUGACUCUCAUGGAUGGCGUCAACGCGAUGGCAACCAGAGGUCACCUGAUGGUGCUAGGGGCCACCAACCGACCAGACGCCAUCGACCCUGCCCUGAGGCGACCUGGACGCUUUGACCGGGAGAUCGAGAUCGGAGUGCCCAAUGCUGCCGACAGAGCAGAUAUUUUCACGAAGUGCCUCCAGCGCAUGCCACACACACUGACGGACACCGACAUAGUUGGAGUGGCAGACAUGGCGCAUGGCUACGUAGGGGCCGACCUGGCAGCUGUGUGCAAAGAAGCUGCUGUUCGUUCCUUUGAGAGACAAAAAGGAACUUUAACCGAUGCCGAGUUGAAGGACAACAUCAUGGUGUCUCCUGAAGAUGUCCUUCUAGCUCUUAAAAGUGUUAAGCCCAGCGCUAUGAGAGAGGUGGAGAUCCGAGUGCCUAGGGUUCACUGGUCGGACAUCGGCGGCCAGGCGACCGUCAAACAGAAGUUGAAGCAAGCCGUGGAGUGGCCCAUCAAGCACCCGGAGGCGUUCCAGCGGAUGGGCAUCACCCCACCCAGGGGGAUCUUGAUGUACGGCCCGCCGGGCUGCUCCAAGACACUCAUCGCCAAGGCUCUAGCCACGGAGAGUGGGCUCAACUUCAUUGCAGUCAAGGGUCCAGAGCUCUUCAACAAGUGGGUGGGGGAAUCGGAGCGGGCCGUUCGGGAGGUGUUCCGCAAGGCCAGGACCGCCGCGCCGGCCAUCAUCUUCUUCGACGAGAUUGACGCUCUUGCUGUUGAACGGGGCAGUGCAUCUGGGGGAAGCAAUGUAGCGGACCGCGUCCUUGGGCAGCUUUUGACCGAGAUCGACGGAGUGGAGAAGCUGCAAGACGUCACCAUCGUAGCUGCGACCAACAGGCCUGAUAUGAUUGACAAGGCACUACUCCGCCCAGGACGUCUGGACCGCAUCCUGUACAUCUCCUUACCAGAUGCCCAGACCCGUAAGGAGAUCUUCCAAAUCCAGUUCCGCACCAUGCCCGUGGCAUCCGACGUAGACGCGGACUCGCUAGUGGAGAAAACAGACAAGUAUUCUGGAGCCGAGGUGGUUGCGGUGUGCCGCGAGGCCGGCCUAGCCGCCAUGCAAGAGGAUAUCAACAUAGACCACAUCCAUGCCAGACACUUCCUGCAGGCGCUGGAGACGGUGCAGCCGCGCACCUCAGAUCAGCUGAUCCGAUUCUACGAGGAGUACAGACAGAACAGCGGCCUGCACAGUAUAUGAAGCAAGAGGGUACUGAUUUUUAUUAGCAAUAAUAAUUGGUAUUUCUAGAACACUUUUAA